GGUCAUCAAUAGAGACUAACCAGAAAGUUGUGCAGUGAUUGACGUUAUCACCAUAAAGUCCCAGGAAGGUUGACGCCGAAGUCUGUAGUCAGUCCUUCCCUACAGGACGUGACGGAACUGUCGGAAACGACACUACGUCACCCGGUUAUCUUUCCUGAUACUCGACAUAAGCAAAUCCUGGUAGCAGUGCAUUGUUUUUGAAACGUGCAAGCAUUUAUACUAUACCAUGUUUCUAAUUUAGUGUGUUUCUGCUCUACACUGCAUGUUCUGAUUCUCUUUUCUGACUGUUGUAUCAAAAAAUGAAACCUAUUCACUUUCAAGAAGACUCUGGACCAGGUUCAAGCACAGCUGCUGGUUGAAGUGUUUCUGAAGCGAAAAAUAUUAAUAAUAAACACUUUAUUUUCAUAUUCAUUUACGAACAUUAUAUAAAUUUAGGAUUAACAACAGAACUGAAAACUCAUUCGUGGCAUUUUAUCUGCCGAUGUCGCUUGAAAAUGAUUGCUUUAAUGUGGCUGAUUUUCACCGUAAGGGUCAUUGUUAUUAAUACAGCAGCGGGUCUGCAGAUAGAGCCAAAGUAUCAAAUUGAUAUCAUUGAUGGACUACACGUUUUCAACGCCACCUAUCGAGGUUUAACCUUAGUAGAAGGAUUUCAUAAGUUGUCUCCAGCUGUAAAAUUAAUAGGAUACGAUAGGCAGCUUCUUCUUCCGCCAGAGGUCUAUGAUAAAGCAGCUGGAAUACUUUCGCAAAGUAAUGAGUUCACGCUCAUGGUUACGCUUAAGCAGAAGCAAAAAAAUACAGGGACAAUAUUUGGAUUUUCAGAGGGAAACAACAGGUUUCUUGAAAUACAGAGUAGUGGCAGGAAAGACGAGAUACGUCUACAUUAUACUCAUAAUAACAUGGCUUACACAGAAACAUUUCCUUAUCGCCUAGCUGACGAUAACUGGCACCAGGUAGCAAUAUCUGUUAGUGGCAAUGCUGUCGAUUUGUUUGUAGACUGCAAUCGUAUUUAUAGGCGGGUGAUUUUGGAUGUUGAUCGAAAUAUUUCUUCAAGAAACACUUCACUCUGGCUGGGCCAGAGGAAUUUAAGGCACUUUUUCUUCCAGGGAGUUUUACAGGAUGCAAAAAUCAUUGGAAGGUCACAUGGAUAUACUAUACAGUGCCCUCAUCUUGAUACAGACUGUCCAACAUGUGGUCAGUUUAGGCAGUUGCAAAUGUCUGUUCUCCAUUUGGAAAAUUAUGUGAAAUCAUUAACAGAAAGGUUAGCUCAGGCAGAGGAGAGAUUGGCUUCUGUAGAAGAAUGUGAGUGUCAAAACAACUGUUAUGUAAAUGGAACAGUUCAUCUGGAUGGCUUCUCAUGGGAAGUUGGGUGUGAAGUUUGUUCAUGUGUGAGAGGAAAAACCACUUGUCAUCAUAAACAAUGCAAUGCAACAUCAUGUAAAAAUCCUGUUCAGCUUUCAGGAAAGUGUUGCCCAACAUGCCUGA